AUGGCUUUCCUCCCGAAACCCAAAAACAAACCGCCUGGUGGCGGCUCCGGCCACAAUCGGGUUGCGCCAGCAUCACCUCGUGCCUCCCCGCGUCCCUCUCCACGGCCGUCACCCCGAGCAGGCGCAGCCGGUGGUCUGCGGAAUCCUGCGAAUGACCCCUCGCGGCUCGUCGUCGGUCCGUCGCCACGGGGAGUUGGCGGGCUCGGGCGCCGGCGGUCUCCACGACCUUCUGCGGAGCAGCAGGCAAAGAACCGUGGGGUCGCGCACUUGAUGUCGCCGAGGCAACAACAAAUGAGGAACAACAGUAAGAGCAGCAGCAAGAGCAACGAAAGCAUCGAGCCCCGAAGGACGAGAUCGCCCCGCCCGCCCGAAGAGAUUAAGUACGUGAGCAGCUAUUCUGACAGCAGUCUCGAGCAGCCGGAGCACAGAAUAAAUGCAGGCGAGGGCAGUGCCGGGAAAGAAAAGUCCGCCCUGGCGAAGUGCGUCGAGAAACUGCCCUGCUUCCGCGCAAUCAACGCCUGUUGCUACUGCUACGGCAAGUACAUCAGCGGCUACAAGUGGUGUAGCUGUUUCUUCGAUACGAUACCCGGGAAGGUGUUUUGUGCGGUGUGCUUCGUCGGGCUGGCGGUGGGCUUCGGGUUCAUGAUUGCCGCUUUUUUGAAUCUCUUUGACCGCGGAGACUGA